ACUUAUAUAUAAAGACGCUAACUUUUUCUGCCUUACCUCCUCUCCUUUAAGAGCCUAAACCGGAGAGAGAGAGAGAGAGAGAGCCCUCAGCCAGCGACCACUUCCCAUUCGGAGAAGUGCGGCAAUUAGUACUGGCCUCCCCCCCUUUCUCCUCCGGUGGCUGAACUGCGGCGGCGGAGCAGGAGUUCGACAUGGGUCAGCAGCUGAGCUGCGUCGCGAGUCAGGAGCACGGGGAGCUCUUCACCGCCGUGCAGUUUGGUGAGUUGGAAAUCGUGAAGAUUAUGCUGGACAGAGAUCCGUCUCUGCUUCACCAAACCACUGUCUACGAUCGCCAGUCUCCCCUUCAUAUCGCCGCUGCCAAUGGCCAGAUCGAGAUUUUGUCGAUGCUAUUGGAGCGAUCCGUGGAUCCAGAUAUUGUGAAUCGUCACAAGCAGACUCCACUUAUGUUGGCCGCAAUGCAUGGGAAGAUCUCCUGCUUGAAGAUGCUGAUUGAGGCUGGGGCAAAUAUAUUGAAGUUCGAUUCCCUCAAUGGACGGACUUGCUUGCACUAUGCUGCCUACUAUGGCCAUUCCGAUUGCCUUCAAGUCAUUCUUUCCACUGCCCAGUCCAGCCCAGUUGCUGCAUCCUGGGGUUAUGCGAGAUUUGUGAAUAUUAGAGAUGGCCGAGGAGCCACACCUCUGCAUUUAGCUGCCCGUCAGAAACGUCCUGAAUGUGUUCAUAUAUUGUUGGACAACGGUGCUCUUGUUUGUGCUUCAACCGGUGGAUAUGGCUGUCCAGGAAGCACUCCUCUUCAUCUGGCGGCCAGGGGUGGGUCACUUGAUUGCAUCCGUGAGUUGCUGGCUUGGGGGGCCGAUCGUCUUCAAAGAGAUGCAUCUGGGAGGAUCCCUUAUGGGGUUGCCUUGAGGCACAAACAUCCAAACUGUGCAGCACUGUUAAACCCUUCAUCCGCAGAGCCUCUAGUAUGGCCAUCGCCUUUGAAGUUCAUCAGUGAGCUUAAUCAAGAGGCAAAAGGUUUGUUAGAACGCGCCUUGAUGAAGGCGAACCGGGAAAGGGAAAAGAGCAUCUUCAAAGGAUCAUCUACCUGUUCAGAUCAUUCUCCACAGAUUGCUGAUGCUGAGGUAGAUGACAAUGCAUCAGAGGUAAGCGAUACGGAACUAUGCUGCAUCUGCUUUGAGCAGGUGUGCACGAUCGAAGUCCAAGACUGCGGUCACCAAAUGUGUGCACAUUGCACGCUGGCCCUCUGCUGCCACAACAAGCCUAAUCCGACAACUGCAUCGGUGACACCUCCUGUGUGCCCUUUCUGUCGAAGCACCAUUGCCCGUCUCGUGGUUGCAAGAGUCAAGAUCAGUGAAGAUGCUGCUGAUGAAAGCCUUGGAGGGUUUGGCUCCCCAAAGCUGAGAAAGUCAUGGAAGUCGCGAAACUUGAGCGAAGGAAGCAGCAGCUUCAAGGGGCUGUCGGCAAACUUGGGGUCAUUUGGGAAAAUGGGAGGCCGUGGCUCGGGAAGGAUUGCAGCAGAGAAUGAGUGGAUGGACAAACCAUGCCAGUAAUAAGAAAGGUAAAGAAGCCAUGGAUGAUUGGGAGAAAGAAGAACCACAGCACAAUCUGGUAAUCAAAGAUUCCCUAUAUUGGCAAUCAAAGCUUUCUCCUUUUUGUUACUUGUGGCCAGCCACUUGCAAUGAAGUAAUUCCCUUAACAACUGUUGAAGAGAUCUCAUUGGGAAGUGGAGGGGGUUGUCGGUGAAGGACCCAUUUGUUGUAUACAUAAAAAUAUAAAAUAGAUAGGGGGAAGUGAAGGAGUGGGGGAGGGUCCAAUUUGGUUAAGAAAUUGUAAAAUUGGGGAAUAAGCAAAGUUGAUGAGAAAUUUGGGUAUGGGAAAAGGAGAUGGGGGCUGGUUGGUGAGUUUGGUGAAGAUAGAGUUGAAGUGUGUCUCUGUGGGUUCCUUUAUUUGUUGUAAUCUAUUGGUUUACUUGAGAUUGAAGCAGCAGCAUUUGCUGCUCUUUGUUGUUGGAUUUGGUUUACCUGAUUUGGUAUGGGGCAAAAGAAUGAAUGCAAUUCUUGUGUAGAUUUUGUGAAAUAAAUAAAGGUAACCAAAAGCUUGGAGCAAGAUUAUUUGA